UUCUCAACGUGAGUAGAAGUGUGUGCUGGAGAGGGAUGGAAUUCCAGCCGGAAAGUUCCAGUCGUUUCCGGAAGCUUUACCUCCUCCUGUACCUCGAAAUUCAGGUUGCAGGCCUGAGAGAGUGUGAAGGGGGCCGUCUCCCUGAGAGCCCGCUGGUGGGCACACUGGGGCAGAGGGUGAUGUUCACCUCAACGCCAGCAGAGACGUUACCGCCCAACGUGACAUGGGAAAUAAGGAAAGGGGACCGGAUUAUCUGCAACGGGAAGACCGGGGAACACUGCUUCGCAAACUUCCGAGGGAGAGUUCUACUACAUCCCGGGAAUUUCACCGUGGAAUUAAGAACGGUCCAGCAAUCAGACGAGGGAAUGUAUCAAGUUCGAUUCCAAACGGAGUGGAAAAUCCUGCAUCAGGAGGGAUUCAGACUCCGAGUGUAUGAGGCCAUUUCCCAGCCGUUCAUCACCACCACCAACGUCUCCAUCAAUGGGAGCUGCGCCGUGACGCUGACCUGUGUAGUGCAGAAAGGCAGCCACGUAAACUUCACCUGGCACCAGCAGGAGGCGGCGGUGGGCAGGCAGCCUGUGUUCCACCACGGUGAGAGACUAGAUGUGAAUCUCUCAGAGAACAUGACCCUGAAGUACACGUGUGUUGUUCAUAACCCAGUCAGUGUCCACAACGUGACCAUCCAACUGCACAACAGCUGUCAGAGCCCAGAGCUGAUGGACCCCUCUGAAGAUGCUGAGCUGAUGAUUAAGGGGGGAAAGUUGGUUACUAUUCUGGGAUCUGUCGCUGGAGGCUGUCUCCUGGUUUUGCUCAGCAUCUUCUGUGGAAUGAUCUCCCUUCAAAGGCUCAAGACCCCAGACCAGGAUGCUGAGCUUCAGAGUCAGUCAAUGACCGUUUAUGCUGCCGUUAGUCCCAGAAUCCCACGGCCUCAGACUCAGCAAGGUGUAACCCUCCCGACAAAUUCACAGUCGAACACCGUUUACUCCGUGAUCAUUGGACAUCCGUCCGUGUGACUGGUGUUCCAAAGCCCCCUCUGUGUGUCUGGAUCAGAUUGCUUUCUCUCUGUUUCGAGUCCCUACAGUGUGGAAACUGGCCAUCCGCUCCAUCAUGUCCAUGCCAACCCAGACCCAGCGCAGCCCCGUAACCCUGCACUUCCCGUGGCCAACCCACCCUGACCUGCACAUCCUUGGACUGUGGGAGGAAACCGGAGCACCCGGAGGAAACCCACGCAGACACGGGGAGAACGUGCAAACUCCACACAGUCAGUCCCCCCGCGAGGGUGGGAUCGAAUUCAGCUGUCAAUCCCAACCUGGAUCCCAUUCUCACUGGUUAACAGCUAGCUUAGCUGGCUCAACAUAUCGCAUCCGUUUGAUAUUUGGGUAUAAAUUCUGUGUCCUGUGAUCCUUUCUGACAACCCCCUGGUGAAGGAGCGUCGCUCCGAAAGCUAGUGCUUCCAAUUAAAC